UCCAGCCUAGAGGGAGGCAGUAUUGCGCCGUCAUGUUGUUUGCCAGACGCCAUUAACCAAGACGAAGAAGAAGCAGCCCGUCUUCCUUUCUGCUAGCUUCUCCGCUAUGGCGCCCAAUCAGAAGAAGCAAAACACCGGUAAAGGGGGCAAGAAGAAGAAGGUGGUCCUGAAAUUCGUCCUGGACUGCACCCAUCCUGUUGAAGAUGGCAUCAUGGACGCUGCCAACUUUGAGCAGUUUCUUCAUGAGCGCAUCAAGGUGAACGGUAAAGCCGGCAACCUGGGUGGUGGUGUGGUCUCCAUCGAGAGGAGCAAGAGCAAGAUCACGGUGUCCUCUGAGGUUCCUUUCUCCAAAAGAUACCUGAAGUAUCUGACCAAGAAGUACCUGAAGAAAAACAACCUCCGUGACUGGCUGCGUGUUGUCGCCAACACCAAGGAGAGCUACGAGCUUCGCUACUUCCAGAUCAACCAGGAUGAAGAGGAGGAGGAUGAUGAAGAUUAAAUUGACAAUUCAUCCGAUUUUGUACAUUUAAAUAAAUGUUUAGACUACA